GAGGGGCGUCUUCAUUAAUAAGAUUAAAUAAUGUACAAGGCAAUAAAUACUAAAAAAAAUGAGGAAACAGAUAUUCACGGUCAAUGCAUUGACGCAGUAACCAUUCCGGUUUUCCAUCGAGCUAUUUAAGUAGAAGGGAGAAUAAAAGACUCUCUAUAAGAAGCCUUGGUAAGUUAGCAUACGACUAGUCGUGCAUCGUCCAGCUUAACGAAUCAGUGUAUGCCAAUAAAAUCUUUCCUGUUUCACUAUCAAAAGAAACUGGUUAACCUUCGGAAAUCGUAUAUGUUAAAGAAGUAAGAAAGAAACAAAAUAUCAAAUUUGAAGAAUUCAGGCAUUAGAAAAAGAUAAGGAAACUAAUUAUUACUAAGAUAAGGAAACUAAUUAAUUCAAGAACGACGUUACAAUAGACAUGAGAAAAUAUCUUAUAUCUGCGAGAUUGAUUCUCUCUAUUAUAUUUCUCGCAAUCAUUUGUGAGAAUUAUGCUUAUCGACCUCCAGAAGCUACAGUGCAGCCACUCCAUCCUAUGGGACUGCGCGUUUCCAUUCCUGAUGAGCAUGGAAUUACAUUGGUCGCUUUCCAUAUAAAAUUCAACGAAGAUUUUGAUGGCUUGGAAGCAGGACAUAUCGCAAAAGAUAUUAUCAAAAUUCGGAAUGGACGAUGGACUUAUGAAGAUCGGCGCACCCAGUUAAAAAGGGACGACAUUAUCUAUUAUUGGGUUCAUGUUGUGUACGAGGGAUUGGGUUACAAUUUAAUUGAUCAAUCAUAUCGUGUUACCGAUUUUUAUAAUUACGAUGGCAGCCUACACGUCGCUGAUACAGCUUCAAAUACACAGAGUUGUACGACUACAUCGGUCACAUGGAUUUUCAAGAACGGUGGACGACGACAAGCUUGUCCGCGUCAACUCAUCUUUGAAGACAACUUUGACAAUCUUAAUAGUACAAAAUGGAAUUUAUUGAAACAGUUCGCUGGUAUGCCGGAUUAUGAAUUUGUCGUCUACAUGACCGAUAAUGUAACGGAUAUUAGCGAUGGACGGCUUCGUAUUAAGCCGGUAUUGCUUGAAAGUAAAUAUAGCAGGGAGUUUGUGUUGCGUGAAAAAUUAACUUUGGACGAUUGCACAGGCAAUAUUGGUUCACAUGAUUGUCUACGCCAAGGUUUUGGCGCAUCUAUUUUGCCCCCUGUUAUCUCCGGACGUAUUAACACAAAGGAAAAAUUCGAAUUUCUCUUUGGACGUAUCGAAGUAAGAGCUAAGUUACCACAUGGUGACUGGGUAUAUCCUGUAAUUACUCUGGAAAGCCGCGAAAAAACAUGGGAUAGAGGAUUGCAUAACGAAAUUAGAAUUGCAUCUUCGGUGGGCAACGAAGAACUGAGAACUCCCGAUGGUGAGGUCGUCAGCGGCCGUGUAUUAAUCGCAGGCGGUCUGGUCGUAACUGUUAAUGGAAGUGACAUAUAUAAUAAUAAUCGCGAGACAUUGCCCAAAAGAAAUUCGGGUAAACCUUGGUCGGAUGAUUUUCAUAUCUUCGAGAUCGAGUGGAAGAGCAGUCGCAUUGUGACGAAAGUUGACGGAGUACAAUAUGGCGAGCAAACCAUAGAUGUAUCGUUUGCCAAACCGUCCUAUUUAACUUUGGGAGUAGCUGUUGGAGGCAUUCACGAGUUUCAGGAUCAUGUUACAAGCAGCGGUUAUGUUAAGCCUUGGCGAAAUGUACAGGCGAAGGCAAUGUACAAUUUUUACCAAGCGAAGGAUCAAUGGUAUCCCACGUGGGAUACAAAAACAGCACUUCAAGUGGAUUAUGUGAAAGUGUGGGCACUAUAAAUAUUUUUGUCUCCACAUGAAACAUUAUUCUUACGAUUACAUAUAAUCUCAGAUACAUUAUUCUAUACAUUUUCUUAUAAAAUAAUUCAUUUUCAACAAAA